UUCGCGCCUGCGCCCAGCGGGCCGCCGAAGCCGGGGGUCUCCGGGCGGAAGUGGGGCCACGUCUCUGGGAGUGGGGGGCGCCGGGCGGCCGGGGCGUCCCCAGCGUCGCCUCUCGCCCACUGCCCGAGACCACCAGCCCCGCCUCCAUCCGCGUUGGCCUCGGUCGCCGCUGUCGCCGAGGGUCGCGGCACAGUCUGCGGGCGGGGAGGGGGCGCCGCGGGCCGCGCCGGAAGCUGAGAGCGGAGGUCGAGUCCCGGAAUGGCGCGCCAGGUGUCCGUGGCCUUCCAGGACCUGGCGGUGCGCUUCUCAGAGGACGAGUGGCAGCUGCUGGGGGAGGGGCAGAGGGCGCUGUACCAGGACGUGAUGCGGGAGAACUACGAGACGCUGCUGUCCCUGGGGACAGCUGAGCUGCUCCCCCUCUCUGCCUUCCUGUCUCCUUCGGAGCCUGCUGGAACCAUGGAAGACAGGAGCUACGCUGGUGAGGGGCAGGAGCCUCCCCAGGGAGAAGGCCCCCUGGGAGGAGCGCCCCCGCACAGCCUGCACCUCACGGCCCUGGUGCAGCUGGUGAAGGAGAUUCCAGAGUUCCUGUUUGGGGAGGUCAACCCCGAGAGCGAGAGCGGGGGAGCCGGCCUGGACGGGGAGCGGGCCAGCCCCGAGGCAGCUGUGACCGUGGAGACAUGCCCUCUCCGAGGCCUGCUCAGCUGCCUUCCAGACGCGUCUACUGGCUGGCCCAGCCUGGCCACCACGUCUAGUAGCAGCUCAUCGUCCAGCGGCCUUCCUGGAGCCGGGGGACAGGGCAGUCCCCUCCCCAUCAACACUGCCGACAAACCAAGAUCUACAGAGAAGGAAGGCCCCGAAGCCCCAGGUGGGGAGCCCAGCCCUCCCACCUGUAGCCCCAGCAGGAAGAAGGGUCACCGGAAACAGGAGAGAGGGCCCGUGGGUACAGGUGCCGUGGGAAUCUCUCCUGGGAGCAGCCCCUUGCAAGGCCUUAUCAACUGCCUGAAGGAGAUCCUUGUGCCUGGGCCCCAGCACCCUGAGGUGUCCCCACGCUCACUGCCUCCUGUCCCCGGCCGGGACGCCUCUCGGCUAACCAGAGCAGAGCUGGGGCCUGGGAGCCCGCCCUGGGGAGUGAAGGCAGAGGCAGCUUCCGGGGACUGUCCCCUCCAGGGUCUGCUGAACUGUCUGAAGGAGAUCCCCGAAACCCCGCACGGGCGUCCCAGCCCCUCGGGCGUGCAGGAGGAUCCAGGGGCCUACGGGAGGUGUUCUGGAGGGCCCAGGCCCCCCCAGACCCCUCCUCCCGGCCCUGGUCCAGGAGCUGGCGGCGUGCCCCCUGUGGUGAAGACAGAGGACAGCCGGGCCCAGAGCCCCCCAGUGCCUGCGUCCUGUCAGCCCGGCAAAUGGACCCACAGCCCCUCUGCCACCAGCAGCCAGGGGAGCAGUAGAGACACCAGAGCGGUCCAGGUGCCCAGCUGGGGCCCCGUAGCUCAAGCCGGCAGUGCCUCGAGCUCGCCCCUGGAAGCCCUGGAGGCCUGUCUGAAGGGCAUUCCCCUGAGUGGGUCGUUACCUCCCCAGCCGCCGGCCACCUCUGGGUUCCGGAGCCCUCAGCCGGGAGAUCCCGGGUCUCAGAGGCCCGAGCUGCAGCCCCGAAGAUCACACAGUGAAGAGGUGGCUAUGGGGCCUCUUCUGGCUCUGAGUCUGCAGGGCUAUGUGAGAGGCAGCCCUGCCCUCCCCUCAGGUCCCCACAGCACCCCUACCAGCUUCUCCUCAUCCAGCAGCACCGAUGGGGACCUGGAUUUCCAGAGCCCAGGGGGCAGCCAGGGGCGUCAGCCUGGAAAAGGAAGCCCAGUGGGAAGCUCCCCACUCCAGGGCCUGGAGAACUGUCUCAGAGAGAUACCUGUACCCAGGCCACAGUCAGCCUCGUCCUGGUCCUCAGCGGGGGACAGGGGGCCACAGAGAGCGGAGCCCAAGAACUGGACAGCAGAUAAGGAAGGACUGAGGGGCGAGGCCUGUGAGCCAGUCCACCUGGGACAGAGCCAGGGGGAAACACCCACCAGGAGCUUCCGGCUGACCAGCCCACAGGCGCUGACCUCUAGCAGCGUCCCCAUCUGUUACCAGCGAGGACUCAAAGACCACGGGGCCACCAGGCCGGGACCGUGGCGGUGGCUCCAAGAUGGGGCAGCCACGAAGCCCUCCCCACUCCAUUGCCUGGAGAACUCCCUGAAGGGGAUCUUGCCCGGGAGGCCCUUGCACUUUGCCUGCUUGGCAGGCCCCGGCCCCGGCUCCGGCCCCGGCUCCGGCUCCAGCCCGGGCCUCAGCCCCAGCCCUGGCUCCGGCUCCAGCUCCAGCCUCAGCAGCUCGGAGGGAGAAGAGCUGUGGCAGCUGCUUCCACAGGAGAGGGACCGCCUUCCGAGCUGCAGGGGUCCUGGCCCCCUGUCCCCACGCCCCGGCGGCGCCCCUACAGGCGGCAGCCUGGGUGAAGGCCCACGGAGAGCAGAGCCCGGGGCCCCCUACGGCCUCCAUGCAGGGGCCGCUGUGAACCCCUGCCCUGCCCCUCAGCUGGAGAAAAGGCCCGGGCCGGGGCCCUGCCAGCCCCUUGGAUCGCCCCAUGGGCCCCUGUCUUGGAAGCCCAGGGUCAGUGAAGAAUCCAGGGGCCUGGGGCCUGCAAAUGGAAGACCAAGUGUUGCAGCCAGGACCCAGGGCAAGCCACUUCCCAGAGGCCUGCCUGAGCCACCCCCUGUGGCCGCCAUCCCUCCGGCUUUGCCGCAGACGCCCCCACAGCCGUGCCCCUGCGGAAGUUCUCUGCAGCAGGAACUCCGCGGCCUCGGUGCCGCCCUCUCGGAGAAGCUGGAUCGGCUCGCCGCCGCCCUGGCGGGCCUGUCUCAGGAAGUAGCCACUAUGAGGACGCAGGUGGAUCGGCUAGGGAGGCGCCCUCGGGGCCCUGGGCCAAAGUGCCAGGCUUCCUGGCCGUGGGCCCUCUCCCGGGGACCUCGCUGGGCCAGUGGCCCUGCUCACAGACACCUGCCCUACGGGAGACAGAAGGGCCCCGCCAGGCCGAAACCAAAGAUCCUGCGUGGCCAGGUGGAAGGCUGCAGGGCUGGUGACGCCUCAGGCCUCUCCUGCAGAAGAUUCCGCCCGGUUCCUCAGCUGCCUCCAGACGCCCCCACGGCAGAACCUUCUGGCCCCGACUGCAGCCCUUCCCAGCAGCCCCUGUCCUCAGCAUGCAGCUGCCACACCGUGGUGACCGCGCAUGCCCCCCUCGGACACGCCGGGGGUCUGCAGAGUGCCCCCAGCUCCUCAGUGCCUACCGCCGGACCCCCGCAGGUGGCUUGUCCUACCGCCAGUGUGGACGCCGAGCCGCUGUGUGUGGCAGCCCUGCCUCCUGGGACCCGGGGCCGGCCCAAGGACCCCAGCAGCCUGAUGGUGGGGGUCCAGAGGGCCCUCGGGGAGGAACUGUGGGGUGGGGGGUGUAGGGCCCUGAGGUGGGGGGCCCCUAGCCACCUUCAUCAGCUCAGCCCUGCCGAAGGCAGCUCGACCCUGGCCACUUCCCCCAGGUGCCGUCCCGCCCCCUCAUCCUGCUCCAGCCCAGCCUUCCCCGCCUCUGGACCGUGAAGGGGCUGGGAGCUCGGCCCUUGACCCCACUGCCCUCCGACUCCGGGAUGCUGCUUGCUCAGGGAGGCCGCUGUCUGGGGUGCGUUUCUCAGCCACGCCCCUGGCCUCCUUGGCUCAGGUUCAUUCAGGUGUUGCUUCCCCGUCUUGUCCUUCCCGCUGGAUCUGUCGUGGCACGCAGGUGGGAGGCGCGCCUGCCCGGGGCGGCUGAGCAGCUGCAGCGGGACCACGAGAGCCCCUCUUCCUGGCACCUGCCCUUCCUGAUCUCGGCACGAAGUGGGGCUUGGCUCUUGCUUUCCUGGUAAAUAAGGGCAUCGGUUUCCUUUGGAGAGAAGCCCCACUGUUUCAGCUGGAUUUGCCCAUGUGGAGUCUGAUGUUAGAGAAGUGGGGUGCUGAGGGAAAGGCCCUGGGCUCCUGCCAUCGGUUAUGGUACCAGCACGAGUACCCAGUCGGCUCAGCUCCUGCCUCUCCACGCUUCCAGAGAAGUCGGCAAUCUCCCAGAAGGCUGGGAAAGUCAGCCGCAGAAUGGAAUUCGCACACUACUCCUUUGAAGAGUGGCUCCUGUUCACCAGGCAGCUCAAACAACAGACGUUUACCCUUGAGAGUGUGGAGGACAGAGUCCAAGGUCGGGGUGUGGCCGAGGCACCGAGGCAGCAAGGAGGGUCGGCCUCGGGGCUCUCUCCUGGCCUGUCCGUGGUCAUCUUCAUGUUCACGUGGCUUUCUCCCUGGGCACAGAUCUCCAGAUUUCCCCUUCGUGUGAGGGGGCAUUUGCGCAGGACCAGACCACCCGAGUGCCCUCACUGUGGAUCACCUCUUUAAAAUCCCGUCUCCAAAUAAGGUCACGUUCUUAGGUAUUGGGAGUUAAGACAUCAACACCAAUUUGGGGGCACAUUUCAAACCAUAACGUAUGAUGGACUGAGUUAGUCUUCUCGAGUUUGUGUUGGGAAGAAGAGAGCUCCUGCUCUGGGCCCACCUCCUCAGGUGGCACUCGGUUAUAUACUGGGAGGCUUGCGUGUCACCUGCCUCCUGUCCUUCCCCAGGGUCAGAUAUUUUGCCCUAGCCUUAUGUUCCCACUUUAGUCCUUACUAGAUGUGAAGAAUUUUCGGGAACUGUGUGUGUAUACUUGAUGCCCAGGAAGGGCCGCCAAGCAUGGCCUGGCAUGGUUCGCUCUGCUGCCAGGACCAAGGCCCUCGAUGGUGGCACAAGCGAUGCCUCGUGCCUGAUCAGGGACACAGCACGCUGGGGACACACACAGGGCCUGGCCUGUUCCCUUGGCUGCCCCUACAGACGCAGCAGGCUGCUGAUGUGGGACCGAAGGGGGAGGGCCUGGGGCUGACAGACACCCUGGUGGGGUGGGGUGGGGUGGGGUCGGGCGGGGAGGCAGGGAAGCGUUAAAUGUUUUCAGGACGGGAAUGAGUCCCAAGGUGACCGUCUCAGAAGCCAACGUCUGUCAGAUCAUGUAAAUAGGAUGUUUGGAGUAGGCAGUCUCUUCACAUGUAGCCAUACUUGGUAAGAGAACACGGAACGGAAAAGUUCUAGGCUUUCCACUCAAAGACCUCAGGAAGAUGAGUCUUUUUCGGGCUGCGGUGGGCAAUGCGGGGCACGGCUCAGAGCCAAUGGAAACGGUAGGACAGGGAUGAGGGGAGAGGGUCAGGGGGUGCGGUCAGGAGGAGGAGAGUUCUGUGCUCCCCUGCUCGGCCCUCCCUCUGUCCUGCCCACCGGCCUCCAGUCCCCUGGCCCCUUUCUCGGCGGCAGCCGUGGAGGUGGUCUGCACCCACCUCUGUACGGCAUUUUAAGGUUUUGUUUUGUGGACUCUACCAGUGUCAGCCGUCACACAGACCCUGCAUAGCAGGCACGAAGGAACAGACAAGCUCAGAGGUCGUGAACGACCUUGGAUUUGCACUGCCUGUCCUUGGCGGAUCCUGCAAGAGCACUGCACCCUGGCGAUGCCCGCACCCUCCACCGCAGGGGGACACGUUCCAGCCUUCACCUGCGCCGCAGACAAGGACGCUCAGGGCCAGCCCAGUCUCCGCGGUCCAGAUCCAAUCCAGCCAUACAGGAAGUUCAAGGCUUUUUAAUUUUAUUUAUAUUUGAGAGAACGAGACAGUGUGUGAGUGGGAGAGGGUGCAGAGAGAGACAGAAUCCAAAACAGGCUCCAGGCUCCGGGCCGUCAUCCCAGAGCCCGACGCGGGGCUUGAACUCACGAGCCUCGAGAUCAUGACCUGAGGUGAAGUCGGACGCCCAACCGACUGAGCCACCCAGGCGCCCCAAGCUUUUUUUUUUUUUUUUUUUUUUUUUUUUUUAAGAAUGUGGAAAAUGAGUAAUAAAAUGAAUGAUAAGAAACUGCCUGAUUUGUGUGUUCAUCCCACAGGUCCGCCGCCCCACGAGCACAAAACCCUUCUGCAGUUGUUCCCCAAAAAACCUAGGAUCAGAUUUUGGUGAAAAAUCUGUGUGCACUUCAGCACAUGUGUGUCUCCUUUGCCCACUGCAUGGAGAAAUGUGGUCUCUGGCAAAAAGGAACUGAGAGGACUUUUUGAACUCCGGGAUUCCAGGGAUCUGGCGAGGGCGGGGGGCGGGGGGAGACAGAGAAGAAUCUAGUUCUGCCUGCCCCCCACCAUGAGAAGUAGGCUGGCGGAUGGCUCCUGGCUGACCUGAGUGCAAACAAGUCCACUGCCACACAGAAUAUUCCAGAGAACACGCUUUUUGCCUCCUUUUAUGAGACUAACAAUCUUGAAACCAAAACUUGAGGACAGUACGAGAGAAAAUCACAAGCUAACCUAGAGAAGUGUACAUAGAAGCAAAAAUUCUAAAAAAAAAAAAAGUUUAUCAAACUAGCAAAUUAUAAAAAGAAUAAAAUAUCAUGACCCGUAG